AAUGCAUUUAACGGAGAAAAUGCCAACGAAUACACGAAUGUUUGAUUGGCAAGGCCUGAAAAUGCACCCAAAUCUGUGAUCAGCAUGCCGGAAUAUAAACCAGUGAAAUGUGCCUCGGAGAGUGCCAUCAACCACACUAUGGAUCCUCCCGACCGAGUCCUACCUCGGCCUAAUGGAGGCUCUUGUACGUUUUAUAGCCGGCAGCUACGGCAGUAUUCAAGCCUUCCCAGUCACUACCGUGCCCGAGAUGAACGCAAAAAGCCUUUGUCGAACAUCGAAUUCCGGUGCGACUUGAACAUGAUCAAGUCUUGGUUUGCCAACUUCAAUGAGUCGCAAAAGAGGACCACUCUCUUGGAAUUAUACGAUAUGUGCAAUGGAUCCGUCUGGUGUCAUCAUGGACUUUCCCUCCGCCUGGAAUAUGAGGGUGGGAUGCAUGGGCGAUGUUAUCCAGGAUGCAUGGACUUUGUCACGUGGUUUCCUCUUCACCUAUCCCUCCGAAUUCUGUCCUACCUUGAUCCAAAGUCACUUGCCACUUGUGCCAGGGUCUCCAGGCCAUGGAAAGAGGUAUCCUACCAUGACAUUCUUUGGCAGAAACUCUGCCAACUUCCACAGUGGAGACUCUCUGAAGCUGGGGAACGGAAACACAGGGAGUUGCAUCGGAAGCACAAUGGACGUAUUGACUGGAGGAUGGCAUUUGUUGAGAGAUACCGAUUGAAGAGGAAUUGGGCUCGAGGCCAAUGUCAUGUGCGAACAUUUGAAGGACACACCCAAGCCAUCUCAUGUGUGCAGUUUGAUGAAGAUCGCAUCGUGAGUGGCUCCCAUGACAAGACCAUCAAGGUAUGGAACAUGCGAACCAACAGCCAAUGGUCAGUGAUGACUCUGGUGGGACACUCAGGAACUGUCCGUUGCUUGCAUCUGAGUGGAAAUCGCCUUGUGAGUGGAUCCUCAGAUUGUAGCAUCAAGGUGUGGGACCUGGAAAUCAAGCCACUCUGGUCCAGCAUUGCCUGCAAGGUCACCAUGCUUGGGCAUACAGAUACUGUUCGCUGCCUUCAGGCUGAUGAGAAGAAGGUGGUGAGUGGCUCAUACGACAUGACCAUCAAGGUGUGGGAUCUAAAGGGUGGAGAAUGCCUGAAAACACUGCAUGGGCAUGAAGGCCCUGUCCUUUGUAUGCAAUUUGACCAGCGGCACCUCAUCACAGGUGGAGGAGAUUCCCUCAUCAAGGUAUGGGACUUAGACAUGGGAGAGUGCAUGAUGACUUUAGAAGGCCAUCAGAAUGCUGUCACUUGUCUGAACUUUGAUGGGGAGCGCAUUGUAUCAGGAUCCCUGGACCAUACCAUCAAGAUGUGGCAUCGAGAUGGUGGGACGUGCCUUGCUACUCUGGAUUGGAGGACCUCUGAAGGACAUACAGGAGUUAUACGAAGUCUUCAGGCCGACUCAUGGCGCAUUGUGAGUGCCUCUGAUGAUAAGACCCUCAAGGUGUGGGACUGGGCAACCGGUCAGCGGUUGCUAACCCUUCGUCGCCAUACUGAUGGCGUCACCUGCGUUCAGUUCAACGACUUCAUCAUCGUCUCUGGAUCCUAUGACAAGACAGUCAAGCUGUGGGAUUUC